AUGCCGAACAUCGCUGCCGCGCAUUUGGGUAAGCUGCUCGGCGCCGAUGGGCCGGAGCCCAGCGGCGGAGACGCAGACACGCACAAACAGCGGCUCGGGACCGCGAUGCCCCGCCUUGUUACCGUGGGGAAUUUGUUGCGCGUUUGGAGUAACGCGCAGCUGACCAAAGCGGGGCGAGCGCACAAGCUGCAGCGGCCGACGCGGCGCCUCGGUGCCCGGCGUCGCCGUCAGUGGGGAAGCUGUCGGUCCCCAAUUGGGCGGCAAGAGCCCUCGCCAGAGAGUGACCACUACGGCAGCACAUUAUAUGCUUUGGUUUGGUGGGGGGGGAGGCGAAUCGCUCGUAGAGACACCGAGUUCCUUUCAGAAUUCGCUCACUUGAAGGAGGACGAACUGCGGGAGAUAUCGCCCCAUUGCCAAUAA